AUGGGAGAAGCAACGACGUCCUUGCGCAAGAACACUCUCGUCCUCGAAGGACGGCCCGAGUCCGAGUUCACGCCCAUUCUCCAGUCGCGGAAACAGGCCCGUCUAGUAUGUCUAGAAGAGCACGCGGUAUCGCCAUACCCAACCCCAGCGAUUUCAUCCACCUUUGGGAAAUUCAAGCCGUCGUAUGUAGCCGGUCUCAAAGACCGACUAGGCGACAUCGAACUGCGCGUCAAGAUCAUGGACGCCAACAAUAUUGGCGCGCAAAUCAUCUCCAUGAACCAACCGACGGCCCAAGCGUUCCUGAAGCUGGACGAGCAGCUCGAGUGGUGUCGCAAGUCGAACCAGUUCGUCUACGAGAACUACUGCCAACGGUAUCCGGAUCGAUUCUUCGCCUUUGCGACUCUCCCGACUCAGAGCGGCGAGGCCGCGGCGGCGGAACUUGAACGCUGUGUCACAGAGUAUGGCUUUGUAGGGGCCAUGAUCAAUGGUUUCACAAACACCUCGGAUCCCGCUCAGGGGCUGUACCUUGAUCAUCAGCAGUUCGAGAAACUGUGGGAAGUCUCUGAGCGGUUGCAGAAGCCCAUCUUUAUUCACCCCCGUGUGCCAUUGGCCAGUAACAUUAAAGUGUUGGAGGAUAUGCCCAUCUUUCAUGGCGCCCCAUAUGGCUUUGGCAGGGAGACGGUGGAGCACGUCCUCAGACUGAUGUAUAGUGGCGUUUUUGAUCGGUUUCCUAGGUUGAAGAUCUGUCUGGGUCAUAUGGGCGAAGGGUUAUCUUGGAUCCUGCCGAGGACGGACACGACGUUCAGGCUUUAUACCACCGAGGCCCAAGGCCCAAAGAAAAAGCGUUUCCAGGACUACUUCCAGCAGAACAUCCUCCCUAACACCAGCGGGAUGCCUAGGACGGCGGCCCUCAUGAACCUAAUGGCCGAGUCGCGGGUUGAGAAUAUCAUGUUUGCCGUGGACUACCCCUACGAGUCGAUCGCCGAGAUGAGGGCCUGGUUCGAGACAGUGCCCAUAUCCGACGAGAACUGGAGAGAUAUCGGGUACCGCAAUGCCAUCAGGCUGUUUGGGCUGCCUCUCGAUUAUGAUUAG